AUGGCGUCGCCAGACUCCAUCAAUCUGAUCAAAGGCUGGCCGAGUACAUCACUGCUCCCGACUAAGCAUCUAAGCAGAGCUGCCCAGAUUGCUUUAGCCGAUCCAUCCAUUGCUUUUCCAGGCUUACUUUACGGUCCCGAUGAGGGCUAUGCUCCGCUGAGAGAAACCCUUGGAGUAUGGUUGUCUGAUUUCUACCAACCUGAACAACCUGUCGGCAAGGAAAGGAUCACCAUCACAGGCGGCGCCUCUCAGAAUCUGGCUUGUCUGCUCGAGGUCUUCACCGACCCUGUCUACACUAGAGACAUACUGUUUGCUGCCCCUGCAUAUAUGCUGGCCUUCCGCAUUUUCGAAGACAAUGGCUUUUCGGGCAAGAUGAAGGCAGUUCCCGAGGAUGAUGAUGGCAUGGACAUGAGCCUACUCAGGAAAGCACUUGAGGAGAGCGAGAAGCACUCGUCUGGGAACAAGACUCCUAUGUUCAAGCCUCCAAGACCUUACGCAAAGUAUUACCGCCAUGUCAUCUACUGCGUGCCCACAUUCUCAAAUCCCUCGUCAAGGACCUUGCCAUUGGAUCGAAGAAUCGAGCUUGUAAAACUGGCUCGAGAGUUUGAUGCGCUCGUGAUAUCCGACGAUGUCUAUGACUUUCUGCAAUGGCCUGCGGAUCUCAACGCCUCGCCAUCAAGCAUUACCAAAGCGCUAUUGCCUCGCCUAGUCGAUAUCGACCGCUUUCUCGACGGCGGACCUGAACGCUCUGGAGCCGAUGGCUAUGGUAACACGACGAGCAGCGGUAGCUUCUCCAAGAUAGGAGGGCCAGGACUUAGAGUCGGAUGGUCAGAGGGUUCGCCCAAGUUCGCAUACGGAGUCUCGCAAGCUGGCUCCUCUUGCAGUGGAGGAGCUCCAUCUCAGCUCACGUCCACGUACAUGAACAUUUUGGUCAAAGAUGGGACCAUGUCCGAGCACAUCUUCAAGACACUACAGCCAGCAUACGCUGCACGAUACAAGACCUUGGUGUCGGCAAUCGAGGCCCAUCUCUACCCUCUUGGUGCCAGGCUACCACAAUCCAAUCGGCAAGUUGUAGGGGGCUACUUCUUGUGGUUGACACUGCCUGAUACGGUCAACGCAAUUGACUUCGCGAAGAGAUGUCAGAAUGAAGCUCAAGUCAUUAUUGCACCUGGAAACAUCUUUGAGGUUCCUGGCGAUGACAGUGUUAAGUUCAGACACUCUGUGAGGUUGACUUUUAGCUGGAUCGAUCACGACUUGAUGGUCGAAGCCGUCAAGAGGAUUAGUCUCGUCCUUGAGAGUUGCCUGAAAGGCGAAAGACCUGAAGAGGCUCACAAGCAGGAUGGUGUCAACGAGAAUCCAUACUGA